AUGGACCCAUCGUUGCACAAGGCGGCGGUGCAGGGGGGCGUGGCAAGCCUGAGGAAGCUGGUGGCGGAGCGCCCCGGCAUUCUUAGUUCGAAGACCCCCCGGGGGAACACCGCGCUGCACAACGCCGCCGAGCUCGGCCACACCUACUUUGCUCAGGAGGCCCUCGGCGUGAACGAUAGUCUGCUCUUGAGCAAGAACGCCGAUGGCGACACGCCGCUUCACCUGGCAUCCAGGGCGGGGCAGCUGGACGUGGUGGAUCUGCUUAUCAGCCGCGAAGGCGCAUUGCCUGCGGAGCAUCCGCACCCUCUGUUAAUGUCCAACAAGGCCGGCGACACCCCGCUGCACGCGGCGGUGAAGCACGGCAGGAGUGCCAUGGCGCUCAAGCUGUUGGACGCCGAGCCAGGCCGCAGCCACGCGCUCAACGUGGAGAAGCUGUCGCCGCUGCACAUCGCCGCCCGGGAGGGCCUCGCCGACGUCGUGGCCAAGAUCGUCAGCCAGCCCUGGGUCCACGAGAGGUAUGACCCUUCCGACUCCGGCACCCCCCUGCACCAGGCCAUCCUCGGCGGCCACACCCGGGUGGUGGAGAUUUUGCUGGAGGUGACGUGGAUCCUGGAUAUAGGGCUGACGGACUCGAGCGAGAACAACCUCCUGCACUACGCGGCGCAGAAGAACAACGCGCGCCUGGUGAAGCUGUUAAUCAACCGGAAGUCGGAUCUCGCCUACAGGAGGAAUCGGAAGCUCAUGUCCCCGCUCCACGUUGCCGCCGACCACGGCUCAACAGAGGCAGUGAAAGAGAUGCUGACGCGGUGCCCCGAUGUGACGGAGAUGGUUGAUAGUAUCGGCAGGAACGCGUUGCAUGUGGCCAUCGACAGCGACAAAGUGGACGUGCUCCGGUGCCUGCUCAAGUACGUGCGCGGCGUGGAGAUUAUCAACCGAGUCGACCACGGAGGCAACACGCCGCUUCAUCUGGCCGCCUCGUUAAAUCGAGCAGCGCUUGGCCUGGUGCUGCUCAAGAACCCCAGGGUGAACCCAUGCGUUCUCAACAGGGACGGCCAAACCGCACGGAGAAUUACCGAGAGGCAUACAGUAUCUGAGGAUAGCAUCACGGUAUACUUCUGGAAGGAGCUAAAGAUGCAAGAAUCCAUCAAAUGCAAGGGGCAGCAGCUGCCUCCUGAAACAAAGGACUUCAGCCAGUACGUACAGCAAAGGAUGGGGACCUACACCCUCGUGGCAACUCUCAUCGCCACGGUGACCUUCUCUUCCACCUUCACCAUGCCCGGCGGGUACGACCAGCAGAACGGCACCGCUCUUCUGGCGCACAGGAUGGAAUUCAAAGUGUUCGUCAUCGCCAACACCCUGGCAAUGCUAACCUCAAUCGUCGUUGUCUUCGUCUUCAUCUGGGCAAGAAGGGAGCAGCUGGGUCUUAGGACCCGCCAGGUCGUAGGGUGGAGCCACUGGCUCACAGUCAUUGCUUGCCUCUCCAUGGUCGCGUCCCUGACGACUUCUGUCUACCUCACCGUUGCCGCAACGUCCCUUUGGCUCGCGUGUGUGGUCAUUGCAAUGGGUUGCAGCACUCCUGUCGUGAUGUUUCUCAUCUUGGGCAAAGACUUGUUCUCCACGCCUGUGUAG